AUGGCCGAUCCACGAGUGAAUCAGAUUCGCAUCAAGACCGGCGUUCUGAAGCGUCUGGUCAAGGAGAAGAUUGCCUACGAGAAGGAGCUGGAACGAGAGAAACAGCGUCUGGAGAAGAUGAAGGAAGAGGAGCGAGAUGUCUACGAGACCAACAAGCAGCAAGAGGUGAUCAACGAAACCAUCAUGCUCCUGCCUGAUUGCCAGCGACGUAUAAACGCUGCUUAUGAGGAUCUCCAGAAGCUGGUCAAGGAAUCCGAGUUUGAUCUGGUGGAAAAUGAGAUCUUCACUUCCGCCAAGGGACUCUUGCAAGAGGUGCAGAUCUCCGCCUAA